UUCUGCAUCUCAGCUGAGAGUCACCAAAGAUCACUGAUCAGCCAUUGAUCUGUAAAUAAUAGAUCUAAGUUCAGGGUUUCUUACUGAUCGACCAUUCAGUGAUCGAUCAGUCGGCGCAUGAUCGCUUCUUCGUCUUAAUCUUCAUCUUCAUCGGUGUGUACACUGAGGAAGAGAAGGACUGUUUCCUGCAACAUGACUGAAGGCAGCAGCGCUCUGCUCAGCAGGCUGCAGCAGCUGCAGUGUCACUUCACCUGGGAUCUGAAGAAGGACGUGGACCUGAAGAACCUGAGCACCCGACUACAGGACCACAUAAAACUGCAGCUCGGCCAGCGCGGGGCAGUGGCUCGAUCAUACAGCUUCUUGGCUUAUGUCAGGUAUCUUCAGGAUCAACAAGAGGAAGCGCUGUCACUUUUAAACCAAUCAGAGGAGACCAUCAGGGAGAGUUACGGUGAUGAGAGUGAGAGGCGGCUCAUUGUGACGUAUGGAGACAUGGCCUGGCUGAAAUAUCAUGUUGGAAACUUUGCACAGUCACAAAGCUACUGUCAGAGAGUCGAGGACAUACUGGUGAAGUAUCCCACUGGUUCAUCAGGAAGUCUCCUUCCAGAGGUGUACGGAGAACAAGCCUGGACCUACCUCAAGUUGUCAAAAUCUUACUACUUAAAAGCCGUUGACAGUUUUCGUAAAGCACUUGAGAUACAGACUGAUGACACUGAGUGGAAUGCCGGCUACGCCAUCGCCCUCUUUCGCACAGAAGAGUGGGUUUUAGAAAACUUAGAGGAAAAUGAGGAGCCUCCAUCCAUCAAACAGCUUCACUCUGCCCUGGAGCUCAACCCCGAUGAUGCGGUUCUGCAGUCGAUGCUGGCUGUGAAGCUUGGAGCCUAUAAGAAAUACGAAGAGGCUGAGGGUCUGCUGAAGAAAGCACUGAAAACUGAUCCUGAUAACCCUCAUGUCAGCCGCUACGUAGGAAAAUACUUACGUAAUCAUCAUCAACUGGAAGAGUCUAUUGAUAUGUUGGAGCGAGCGUUGAAGAGGACCACCCAGUCAUCUUUCAUCCACCACCAGCUGGCGCUGUGCUACAAGAGGAAGAAGAUUGCUGAGCAGAGCCGCAAGCCCUUCAGCAGCCAAAGAGAGGUGCGGUACUGGAGGCGUUGUUGUAUUCGUGAAUUUGAAAUGGCUGUUAAGAUAAAGCCGACCUUUCAUCUUGCGUGGGCUGACCUGGCACUGCUGUAUGCAGAGGAAAGGAAUUUCAGAAGGGCAGAGGAGAUUUUCCAGCAGUGCUUGUUGAAGUUACCAGAGUGUGAUGAAAGCCUUUCUCAGGCUAUCCAUCAGCGCUAUGGUGACUUUCAUUACCAUCACAAAAGAAAUGAAGCUCAAGCCAUCGUUCACUACACCAAGGGUCUCCUGAUACCGCUGAAGAAAUAUGAGAAGAAGCUGUGUGCUAAGAAACUGAAGCAGAUCGCUGAGAGACAUCUGUCAAGGAAUCCAGGUGAUGGCGAGGCUCUCGCUCUGCUGGGUCAGGUGGCCAGAGCUGAGGGCAACAGGAAGGAAGCUGCUGAGUUUUAUGAGGAAGCUCUGAACUGUGACAAGGACAAUGAAGAGUACCUGUCUGCUCUGUGUGAGCUGCGCCUGGAGCUGCAGUGAUCAUCCUCUGAUUAAUCAUGAUCACUGCAGCACUGUUACAUCAUACUUCAGCCCGCUGAAUGUGGACUUGAUCCAUGUGCUUUCAGAACUGAACAACUCUAACAAAUACACCCUUUCAUUCAUACCCUUCUGUUAGGUAUUAAAUUAUAAACAAGGAAGCAUCACAGGGACACUUUUAUCGGAUGUUUCAUGCAUGUGCGGUGCUGAGCGGAGCUCUGUCAGCAAAACCUGAAAAAACUGAGUUUAAAAAUGGUGUUUAGUGAAUUCUUGACCACUUAAGUCGCGCCCAUGCUGAAGACUCAGUUUAUGUUCAGGUCUCUGCUCAGAUACACUUUUUAUAUAAUAAUUCAAACCAUUUCUGAAAAAAAAUGAAGCUAACCGGGUUCAAAUUCAAGUAAGCAGACAAAAUGGAUUUAUUACUUUUAUUUGUAGAUCAACACGUAAAUUCUCAGAUUAGUUUUCAGGUUGACAGAAAUGCUGUUUGAUCAUAUUUUCUGUGUUUUUGACGUGUGAGUUUUGUUUUUUAUAUGCUUGUAAUGGCCUUACAGGUCAGUGCUAGCAUCACAAGCAGCUGUGGGAUGUGAUGUCAUCAUACAAAUUUAGAUUUCAGUCUCUUCUCUCCUCUAUUUUGUCUUUCUCUCCCUCUCUUUCUUUCAUUCAUUCUUUCUCCUUGUCCUAUCCCCCAAUCAUGUCUGUCCCAUCUGUAACAACUGAAAAUCAAAUCAAAUAAAUACAUAA